UCUGCAAGGAGAGGAAAGGGUCUUGCCCAAAGUCAUUCGGGGUCACUGGGUGUCCCCUAGGCUCUGCACCCCUCCGCGCUGGGGGCUCCGGGCGCCCGCUCCCUCCAUCCCCAUCCGCGCCCCGGCUGCCCCGGCUCUCCGCGGACUCCGGACUGAUUCCCAGCAGACUUGGGGAGCCCGGGGAAAAGCCCAGCCCCCACUCCGCGGUGACAGGGGCGUGGCUUCUCGCCCUGCUGCUGGCUUUUACCAGACUGGGGAGAUUUCCUGCUACUUCCGGAGCUGAUUUUACAGCUGGGUUCCACACUGUCUGGACCCAUGGCUGGUUUUUCUGGUUUGUUCUCUAGAGCAAUUUACAUAUUCCCUUGAAGAAACAUCAGAGGUUGAACAACCUGUCCUUGGACUUAGACAGAGGGGUGACCUGCAGUUUUUCUCCAAAGCUGGGGCUGGGAAUGGCCACAUCGAACAGGCCUCGCAGGCAACCUAAGCCUGCUGUGGAGGGGGAGCCCCCCCUGGGCCAGGAGCUGACAGAGGCCAACCGCUUCGCCUAUGCUGCCCUCUGUGGCAUCUCCCUGUCCCAGCUGUUUCCAGAACCUGAGCAAAGUCCCUUUUGCACAGAUUUUGUGACAAGCCUGGUGAGAUGGCUGCAGUUGUCCGAAGCUGUCCUGCCAACCAUGACUGCAUUUGCCAGCGGUCUGGGAGGUGAAGGAGCCGACAUGUUUGCCCAGACUUUAUUGAAAGACCCUGUCCUGAAGGGCGACCCCUCAGCGAUCACUCAGGACCUUCUCAGCUUCUCACUCAAAGAUGGCCGCUAUGAUGCCCGGGCCAGAGUCCUUGUUUGUCAUGUGACUUCCCUGCUUCAGGUGCCCCUGGAGGAGCUCGAAGUUCUGGAGGAGUCAUUCCUAGAGAGUCUGAAGGACGCCAAAGAGGAGGAGUCUGAGACUGCAGAGGCAUCCCGUAAGAAGAAAGAAAACCGAAGGAAAUGGAAACGCUAUCUCUUGAUAGGCCUGGCCACCGUUGGAGGCGGGACAGUGAUCGGUGUGACUGGGGGGCUAGCUGCCCCCCUUGUUGCUGCAGGAGCCGCCACUAUCAUUGGCAGUGCUGGGGCGGCCGCACUGGGCUCAGUGGCCGGCAUAGCAGUUAUGACCUCACUGUUUGGUGCCGCUGGAGCUGGUCUGACAGGAUACAAGAUGAAGAAGCGAGUUGGGGCCAUUGAAGAGUUUAUGUUCCUGCCUCUGACGGAAGGCAGGCAGCUGCACAUCACCAUCGCCAUCACUGGCUGGCUUGGGUCUGGCAGAUACCGCACCUUCAGCACCCCAUGGGCAGCCCUAGCCCACAGCCAGGAGCAGUACUGCCUGGCCUGGGAAGCCAAGUACCUGAUGGAGCUAGGCAAUGCACUGGAAACCAUCCUCAGUGGCCUCGCUAACAUGGUGGCCCAGGAGGCCCUCAAGUACACUGUGCUGUCUGGUAUCGUGGCUGCCCUGACCUGGCCUGCAUCCCUCCUCAGCGUUGCCAACGUCAUCGACAACCCCUGGGGUGUGUGUCUCCACCGGUCCACAGAGGUUGGCAAGCACCUGGCCCACAUCCUCCUCUCACGGCAGCAGGGCCAGCGACCUGUCACCUUGAUUGGAUUCAGCCUGGGAGCCAGAGUCAUCUACUUCUGUCUGCAAGAGAUGGCUCGGGAGAAAGAUUGCCAAGGAAUCAUUGAGGAUGUGGUCCUGCUGGGCGCACCCGUGGAAGGAGACCCCAAGCACUGGGAGCCAUUCCGGAAGGUGGUGUCCGGAAGAAUUAUCAAUGGCUACUGCAGGGGAGACUGGUUGCUGAGUUUCGUGUACCGUGCUUCAUCGGUGCAGCUCCGAGUUGCUGGCCUCCAGCCUGUGCUGCUGCAGGACCGGAGGAUGGAGAAUGUGGAUCUGUCCUCAGUGGUCAGUGGCCACUUGGACUAUGCCAAGCAGAUGGAUGUCAUCCUGAAGGCCGUGGGCAUCUGCACCAAGCCAGGCUGGGGCGAGAAGGGGCUCCCACUGGCCCCCGGCAGCCUGUCUCAAGGAGAGCCGCUUCAGGAAGCCACCAGCUCAGCAGACAGGACCACCCAUCAGGAUGAGCAAACACAGGGACCUGGCCCUGGAGACACCCCUAAAGCAGCCACGUCCUCUGACACCAGCCAAGCCCAGGUACCUACGGGGCUGGACCAAUCCACAGGGGCUUUGCUCUCUACUGCUGCUGGCCCAGCAGAUAGCCCCCUGAUCUGCAGUCACGGCAUGGGUCCCAACCCUCUGGGAUGCCCAGACUGCACCCAUGGGACCCAGGAAUCCUAUGCAGAAAUGGACUGACCCCAGAAGGAGACCUGGGAUGUCUCCCCAAACUUUACAACUCUCUAACACCCCCAGGCCUUUCAGAGAGUUCUCUAAAGGUCCGAAAUGGGAAGGAACUAGAUGGAAGGGUUGUCCUGGGAGAAAACACUUCCUCUCGGAGGAAGCACAGGCAGUGACCUGCAGGGCCAACUCAGCCCUAGACCAGUGUGGGCCCCAUCAGGAGGUCCAGAAGUCUCUGUGGGACUGGAGACCCCUGUACCUCCUCUCUUCCCAGCCUCUGGAGCCAAGGGUCGGCCUGAUCUUCCAUCUACUCUCCAGGGCUGCCCACUGGUCCCAGUGUCACCCGGGCAGCUUCUUGGGAGAUCCAACUCUGUCCAGCACAACCAUACAGGCUGUGCAUCAAACAGCUGUAGAAGCAGCAGUUACAUGUGCACAAUUACAUGUGAAUGAAGCCCCACCCCCAAGGUUGUGCAACUUGGCGGCCCUGGAUAGAAUUCAGGUCUAAGGAAUAGAUGUGGAAUCCACAGUCAGUGUGGUGGGAACUGGGCCUGGUGAUAAGUGUGGAUUACAGGGGAGGGAUUCGUGUAGCAGGAACUGAGGCCACAACAAUGUUAAUAAAUAAUGAUAUUUAUCAUAUCACCAAGGGUGGUUUCACUUGACCUUCAUGACUACCCUUCAUUGUACACAUGGGGAAACUGAGGCUUUGAGAGAUUAGGUAACCUGUUGAAGGUCACACUACUGGUGAGUGAUGGAACCAUGUAUCAAAUCCAGCCAGUGGGACUCUGGAGCCUGAGUUUAGACGGAGCCUUGUGUCUACAUCGAUGGGAACCUUCUCCUCAUUUUUCCCACCACCCCCACUGAGUGACUUGCCUCCAUUGUGCACCUGGAGAAACAAGACCCAUAGAAGGUUGUGGGGACAAGCCCUGGUGAGCAUGGAGGGCAAGAAACAUCAGUCACAACAUUCAGAAACUGGACGCCCCUCUAGAGUGUCACUAUUCAUUUUACACGUACAUGCCUGUCUCCCAAUUGGCUAGGUCCUCCAAUGGACGGGGCCUGAUGCAGAGCGUGGACUACAAAGGGGCUGCUGGGAGCCAUCUUGGGGUGGAAGCCACUAGCCAUGGGGAAGCCAGGAGCCCCGGGUGGACCGUGUGGUGUGGAGAUCGGGAAGCCAGCCACAGCAGCUCAAAGACAGAAUGGACUGACUCUUGUGGACCUGGGUCGAGACUGCUGGCCCCUGAGGCCUGAGCAAAUGCUAGCAGGGACUAUGGUAGUCGUAGCAUAGUCUGAUAUGGCGGGCUCUGAGCUGCGCAGCCAGAGGUGUGGG